GCCACCACUCCACCCUUCACCUUUCUCACAUUUCUCAAAACACACAACUUGAAACUAAACUACUACUACUACUCUCUCCUCCAAUCUCAAUCACUCAUUCAUUUUCCUGGCCAUAGAUACAAACAACCACAAAGGCCAAACCAAUGGGAAUAUUGUCUAGGAAAGCGACGUGCAACACUCACGGCCAGGAUUCCUCCUACUUCCUGGGAUGGGAAGAGUACGAGAAGAACCCAUACGACGAGGCCACCAACCCCGCCGGAAUCAUCCAAAUGGGCCUCGCCGAGAACCAGCUCUCCUUCGACCUCAUCGAGCAAUGGCUCGCCGCCAACCCCGACCCCGCCUCCUUCAACCGCCACGCCCCCGGCGGCUCCGUCUUCCGCGACCUCGCCCUCUUCCAAGACUACCACGGCCUCCCCGCCUUCAAAAAGGCUUUGGUCGAGUUCAUGUCGGAAAUUAGGGGGAACAAGGUGACAUUCGAUCAGAACAAGAUCGUCCUCACCGCUGGUGCAACCUCCGCCAACGAGACCCUCAUGUUCUGCCUCGCCGAGCCCGGCGAGGCCAUCCUCCUCCCCACCCCUUACUACCCAGGCUUCGACCGGGACCUCAAGUGGAGAACCGGAGUGGAGAUCGUACCCAUACAAUGCACCAGCGCCAACGGCUUCCAAAUCACGGAGAUAGCUCUCGAACAAGCCUACCUCGACGCCAAAACACGCAACUUAAAAGUCAAGGGCGUCCUCGUCACCAACCCUUCCAACCCGCUGGGAACCACUUUGACCCGACCGGAGCUCAACCUCCUCGUCAACUUCAUAUCCGACAAGCAGAUCCACCUCAUCAGCGACGAGAUCUACGCGGGGACCGCCUUCUCCUCCCCCGGCUACGUCAGCAUCAUGGAGGUCCUCAAAGACAAGAAGCUCGAACACACCGAGCUCGCCGACCGCGUCCACGUGGUGUACAGCCUGUCCAAGGACCUCGGCCUCCCCGGGUUCCGCGUCGGUGCCAUCUACUCCAACGACGACCGAGUCGUCUCCGCCGCGACGAAAAUGUCCAGCUUCGGCCUCGUCUCGUCGCAGACGCAGUACCUCCUCGCGGCUCUCCUCUCCGACAAGAAGUUCACCAAGAACUACAUCGCGGAGAGCCAGAGGAGGUUGAAGCAGCGACAGAGGUCGCUGCGCAAAGGGUUGGAGAAGGCCGGGAUUAGCUGUCUGAAGAGCAAUGCCGGGUUGUUCUGUUGGGUUGAUAUGAGGCAUUUGCUUGAAGCGAAUACUUUUGAAGCGGAGAUGAAGCUGUGGAAGAAGAUUGUUUACGACGUGAAGCUCAACAUCUCGCCCGGUUCUUCGUGCCAUUGCGUUGAACCGGGGUGGUUUCGUGUUUGUUUCGCGAACAUGUCGGAGGAGACCCUGGAGCUGGCUGUGGAGAGGCUGAGGACGUUCGUGGAGGAGAAUUACAACGACGUGAUUCCUCGCAGCAGGAGCGGGCAUGAGAUGUUGAAGGGCUUGAGGAAGAAGAAUCUCACCAAGUGGGUUUUCCGACUAUCCUACUCCUCCGAUCGUGAGCCGGAGGAGCGGUAGUCUGGCAGCCGCCGUCGUCGUCUGUCGGCCACAAGAGUAAUGGCUUGGCGUGACGUGGCAUGGCAUUUCAUCCCCGCUUUGGUUUUUCUCACCGGAAAAAAAAUUACUUUUUUUUUGGGUGAUGGUGAGGUUUUUUUUCUUCUUACCUUGAUUUCUCUCUCCGUGUAUUUUUAAUGAAGUGUGUAGAGAGGAAACACAAGAGUUAAUUUGCACUCGGUCCACGAAUAUGAAAGUGGAUUCGAAGUGACCAAAGUAAUUAAAUGUUACAGAUUAU